AUGAUGCGCGACGCAGUCUUGCCGUCUCUGUUGUGCAGUUUCCUCAUCCUGUCUUGCGCCGCGAAGCCGAUCCAGCCCGUCGAGGUGCUCCGAACAAGCUUGGUGAAGCAGGCACAAGAUGUGCAGCAACAUCCCAUCGCCAGACCGGUUCAGCACAUCCCACCUCCGGAGACGAUUCCGCAACCGCCGAAGCCGCAUCAUCGAUUCGACGCAGCAGAAAACUCCGUCGGCCUGCUGUUGACCACGCAUGACGAACAGGUGGUGCAUGUUUGGAUGCCGAUUGGAAAGAAGGUCUUCACCCGUAAGUUCAUCACCCUAGCUUCUUUACUCUCAUCGGUCUUGCGACUGAUGGCGUGUGAAUAUAGGCGAUACCAUCAUCUUGCCCGUGAACCCGAUGACUGCGAGAAUAACUACCAUGAUCAAUACCUCGCCGAGACUUGCGGCUCCCGAACAGCUCGAUCGGAUAUCGUGUGACAUCUGGACACAUGCGAAUCGGACUCGCGGGCGAGGAAAGGGCUUGCCCGAGAAGUGGAAGAUCUCGUUCUCGAAGAACGAUGGCCUGGUGAGGUUCGCAGACGACGCGGCGCCAUGGAAGAGAUGGUGGCUCGGCGGCAAAGAAGUUGAGAGCUAUGCUUGUUCCUAA